GGUUUUAAAGUCUUUUCCUUAUCUUUUCCCCGGGAGGCCUCUUUUUGUAGCAGCAGUGUGCCUAUGCAGACAGACCGAGCCGUGACCAGACACAGAGAAUCUUCGCUAUGGGCCACAUGCAGCUCCAGACGAAAGCCAAGGGCUGGCUCCGGAUCCGCAACCUCCUGGUCCGACAAUGCCUGGCAGAGUUUCUGGGUGUGUUUGUGCUCAUGGUCUUCACCCAGAGCGCUGUGGCCCAGGCUGUCACCAGUGGAGAGAGGAAAGGCAACUCCCUCACCAUGUUUCUGGCUGGCUCCUUUGCCGUUGUGAUAGCCGUCUACGUGAGUGGUAAUGUCUCAGGGGCUCACCUGAAUCCAGCCUUUUCCCUGGCCAUGUGCCUCCUGGGACGCUUCCCUUGGGUCAAGCUUCCCAUUUACUCCUUGGUGCACCUAGUGUCUGCUUUCUGUGCCUCCGGAGCCACCUAUGCUCUCUACUAUGAUGCCCUGCAGAACUAUACAGGAGGGAACCUGACAGUGACUGGCCCUAAGGAGACAGCUUCCAUCUUUGCCACCUACCCUGCUUCCUAUCUGUCCCUGAAUAAUGGCUUCCUGGAUCAGGUCCUGGGCACCGGGAUCCUGCUUGUGGGGGUCUUGGCCAUCUUGGACACACGGAAUAAGGGAGUACCAGCAGGUCUGGAGCCUGUAGUGGUGGGGCUGCUGAUCCUGACCGUCGGGCUGUCCAUGGGUGUCAACUGUGGAUGCCCACUCAACCCUGCCAGGGACUUGGGCCCACGACUUUUCACCUACGUGGCUGGCUGGGGCCCUGAAGUCUUCAGUGCUGGUAAUGGCUGGUGGUGGGUGCCUGUGGUGGCCCCUAUGGUGGGGGCCACCCUUGGCACAGCCACAUACCAGCUGCUGGUGGCUCUGCACCACCCUGAGGAUUCAGAGCCAGCUCAGGAUCUAGAGUUGGUUCAAGAGAAAGCCUCAAAUUUGGGAAACAACGGCCUCUGAUUGGAUGCCACAGUGUAAGCUAUGAUUCUGACACAACAGUCCUACCUCCCUCAUGGACACUGAAGAGGGCCAGAGACCUAGACCUGGCGACAGCAGGCCCUGGGAAGCUUCUCUGUUUACUCACCUAGGCUUCCUCCUAAACUGGGGAGGAUGCCUGGACUGGGAGACGGAGUAGAUAAGGUCCAGUCUUCAUCCUUUUCCUCCCCCAAGCCUGUUUUGGUAUCCUGCGGGCUUCCGAGAACGCAGUUCCUUAAAGUGGCCGCCAGAGGGUGCGCACCCUAGGAGCCGGAUCGGGAAAGCUGCGGGAAUCUGCAGGGUGGUGGGGGCCGGCUGUCCGGUGGAGGGGCAUAACCCUGGGGACUUCUUCCCAAGCUUAGUCCCCACUGCCUGACUCCCAGUUCUCAUAACCGCAGUGCCUCUGCCCCUAGGUUCAGCCAGCCCCCAGAUAACAGGUACAGGUGGGGACACUUUCCACCAAGGGGGCGUGGUGAGGUCCGGGCAGGGGGAGGGUGGCGAAGAAGACCCGAUGGGCGGCGGAACACAGCCAUUCAAGCGCCUAGAGACUUGUAGAGCAAAGCGGGGAAACUGAGGCACACGCAAUACGUAGACAUUCUGGGCAAGGUGCAGUACAACGAGACGAGCUGGGGGAGGAAAGAAGGCGAAGACACAGAAGGAUUCCAGGGGAAUGAAUAAAGGGUUAAGGGAAGGCUGGUGCUAAGAAAAAUUCUCUCUGUCCAUUGCUUCCCCAGCUCUCGUGCCCCUCCCCGAAGAAGAUUCCUUUUCAGCAAAGAAGACGGUUUUCUCCAGUUGCCUUUUUUGUAUUAAAACAAAUCUCAGAACUGUCUCGCCUCUUGCUUGGUUCUUGGAUGCUUAGGAGGCGGGAUGGAGUCGGCAGUGGGUGGGCGGAGGACGCGACCGGG